GGCACAACGUCCGUCCGUUCCAGAAACAAUCCGUUACAGGGAGAAUAAUAUGUAUGCAUGUAUUGCACUGGUGUUUGCGGCCACACUCCUCAUCUCGCCCAAUGUCGUCAGUGGCAGUCUUAAAUGCCGUAUGGGGACAUUCCACGAUACAUCAGGCCCUGGGUUGACCGACUGCAAGCCAUGCUCCACCUGCCCAGCCGGGUCAAAGGUCAUGUCAGAGUGCAGGAACGACCAAGACACCGUCUGCUGCACGAAGUACUGCGCAAGCGAUGCGUACUUGGACGAGAGCGCGUGCGUGUGCAGACGCUGCACGCGCACCUGUCCGCCCAAUUAUAGGAUGGAGGUUCACUGCGGAGUGCGCAAUAACGCAGAAUGCGUGUCAGUAAAUUUGGCCGUUCCAAAGAUUGCGCAGAGCAGCAGUAGGUCUACAAAAAGUCGGCCAGGCAGACGACCCGCCGGGGACGAUGACCAAACAUCGGCACCUUCAAGUCACCGGGAACUAACUCAGGUUAUUAACCCAGAUUCACACGCUACUACACCGACAACGGGCUUGCUCAUUACCACCGUGGCGAAAUCUCCUCCUCAACCGCACCAGACGUUCCCCAAGCACUUAUCACAAUCAGUGUCCACUUCACGAGCGACCAACCCACCUGAUGGAGUCGCUGCAUUCCAAUCAACGGCUGGAGUAACGUCUGGGGAUUUGAUGCGCCCUCUUCGGGUUGUCAUCGUGAUUGUUUGUGUUAUAGUGGUGGUUGCCGUAGCGUCUCUACUCCUGUGUUGUAAGAUUACUUUGAUGUGCGGCCUGAAGAGAAAUUCAAACAGGAGUGUGGGCGUGGCUAACGAUCCAAAAUGGAGGAUGCAAACCCCCUUGAACAAUUUCUACGCAGACCGCCCGUCUCUCGAUGUUGGUCCACCGGAUCCGCCGAGCACAGGACCAUCUCCUAAGGCACGAUCCGGCAGAGGUUUUCCUGGUUCAACCUCCUCCAUCGGAAGUUUCCGAACAUCAUCUUCAAUGACCACCGACGAGGAAGAAAUCGCCAUUCGCAUUGCCGAAUGGGAGUGUGAACCUGCAGAGGUUUGGAAGUCCGCGGCUACUCAACCAGCAGCGGGCAAAGUGCCAGAGGGACGCGGUGAAAAUGUGAGUUUCUACCCACGGCCGAGCAUGAGCAUGAACAACGUGUACCCGGAGAUGUCUCCAGCCCCGUCCAAAGUGUGGAUAAAUGCACAUGGUCAAUCCAAAAUAUCCACUGGUCACUGCUGCCACCAAUAUCACCACCCACCGGAAUGCGAACAGCAGCAGGUGUGCUGUCAUACACAAUGCAUGCACGACGACUAUUACCUGUCAUCGACAUUCUCGAUCGGGAGUGGCUGCACUGUUUGAAAAAAAAAAUAAGCACAUUAUUAUGUACAAGUCUGAUUUCUAAAAUCAAUAGUAUACUCUGAGUGUGGGUUCGAGUCCCGGUCAUGACGCUGUGUCCAAGUAACCAUUAUUGAGUCGUCCUUCGGGUCGGUGUUCGGUAGGGAAUCUUUCAUCCGGAGAUUUUGUUCCACAUAAUGGACAAUUAACAUUGGCUUGAUGGAGGAGGAUAAUUCAAAAGAGGGCGCUAUCAGAAGUAGUUUAUAAUGGGUGCGUUCGUUUAGCUU